UCAGUUCGGUCCGCGGAUUAUCGCUCCAUCGUUACACAACUCGGUACAGACGGUCAGAAACCGGUCGGUGCUGUCGCCUGCUGGGUGUCGGCGGCUCCGGGCUGAGAGCGGAGAGUUUAACCGAGUCAGAGUGCGGCCGGUGAAGCGGAGCUCCGAGAUGCCGCUUCUCCACAGAAAAGCCUUCAUCCGGCAGAAGCCGCCGGCGGACCUGCGGCCGGACGAGGAGGUGUUCCUCUGCAAGAUCACCCACGAAAUCUUCCGGACCUACGAUGAGUUCUUUGAGAGGACCAUCCUGUGCAACAGUUUGGUGUGGAGCUGUGCUCUGACGGGUCGAGCGGGCCUCACCUACCUGGAGGCGGUGGACAGCGAGCGGCGGGCGAAGCAGAGCCUGCAGAGCUUCCCUCAGAGCCUGGUGGCGCCGCUGCUCCACCUUGCUGCUCUGAGCCGCCGCUGCCGCCUCACCGAGCUCUGCGAGGACGUCUACGCCUUCGUCAAGGACCGCUACUUCCCUGGAGAGACGGUGGACGUCAGCGGGCGCAAUGGAGCCAGGUAUGUUUGUGAGAUCCUGCAAGUGCACUCGCCUCAGUCCAGCGCUAACGGAGCACCGGCCGCUAACGGCCACGCCAAGCCAACCGACGGUGACACCAUCGUCAUCAGUGACAGCGAUGACGAGGCCAACGCCUUCCAGAGUCCAACGCCACAAAUCAACGGCAGGAAGAAGAAGAAGCCUCUGAGCCCGUCAGUGUUUAAAUACACAGUGAGGAUGAUGAAGGACCAGCACAGCGAACCGUUCACUGUCAAAGCCAACCAGAUCAGUCGUAGGAAGACGAUUCUGUCCAGAGAGAGACUGAAGCUGCUCUUCAAGCAGCACUGUGAGCCUCAUGGCGGGACCAUCGUGGUUAAGCCGUCCACAGUGAUGAAGUACCGGCUGUCCGAACAGACCUUCUCUCAGUUCUUCCCUGAUGAGCCGCCGCUGUUCCCCUUCAGUCCGCCCUCUAAAGGUGGAGGACGGGGCUCACCUGGACAGGCGAGCUCGUCACUGCUGAAGGCGGCCGAGGAGAAGCUGAAGCUGCUGCACCAGAGGGAGGAGAUGGCGAUGGCGGCUCAGGACCGAGCUCGGCUCAAGAGGGAGAAGGAGGAGGCUCAGGAGGCCAAGAGAAGGGAGAGGGAGGACCGGGAGAAGCUGAAGGAGGAGCAGAGGAGGAGGUUCGAGGAGGAGAAGCAGAGGAGGAGGGAGGAGAAGGAGCGCCGGAAGCUGGAGAAGGAGAGGGAACGAGAGAAGCUGAAGGAGGAGAAGAAGAAAUACGCCGAACGGCUGAAGCUGUGGAACAAACCCAGAGAGGACAUGGAGUGUGAAGACCUGAAGGAGCUGCCCAGUCCGGUUCCAGUGAGAACCCGUCUCCCAGCCGAGCUCUUCGGAGACGCGCUAAUGGUUCUGGAGUUCCUGCGGGCCUUUGGCGAGGCCUUCGACCUGAAGGACGAGUUCCCCGAGGGCAUCUCUCUGGAGGUUCUGGAGGAGGCUCUGGUGGGUUCUGAUCCUGAAGGUCCUCUGUGUGAGCUGCUGUUCUUCUUCCUGUCAGCCAUCUUUCAGGCUCUGGACGAGGAGCAGGAGGAGUUGGCUAAAGAACAGGCUGAAGACCUGUCGGAGGCUCUGGACGAUGAUUCUGACCCGACCCGUUCGGCUCUGAGCGCCGUGGCCUCGCUGGCGGCGGCGUGGCCUCAGCUGCACCAGGGCUGCAGCCUGAAGCAGCUGGACCUGGACAGCUGCACGCUGUCGGAGAUCCUUCGCCUGCACAUCCUGGCGUCCGGCGCCGACUGUAACCAUGGCAAUGCCAAGCUGCGCUACCAGAAGCAGGGGGGGUUCACGCUGAUGGACGACCCGUGCGUGGAGCUGCGGUUGGCCGAGCCAGUGCUGCUGAAGAGGCUGUCGUGCACGUCGGUGUAUGACCUCACACCAGGGGAGAAGCUGAGGAUCCUGCAGGCUCUGGUGGGGAAGCUGCUGACGUUGGCGUCCAGCAGAGAUCUGAUUGAAGACAGUGUGGAGGAACAAAGAGGCGCCAAACAGGAGCUGAGAGAGAUCAGAGCUGAACAGCACCGCAGGGAGAGAGAGGAGGCUGCACACAGGGUUCGUCUGCGUAAAGAGGAGAAGCUGAGGGAGCAGGAGCAGAGGAUGAGGGAGAAGGAGGAGAAGCUGAAGGAGCAGGAGGAGAAGCUGAAGGAGGAGAAGGGAGGAGGCCAGACGAACGGUGAAACUCCUGCAGAACAUCAGGCUGAGGAUGACGAGGGUCAGAACUCUUCAUCCAGCGGCAAGAAGACGAUUAAAGCUAAAGUGAACCAGAAAGAAAAACGGCAGCAAGAGACAACUUGUGACUCCAAACCCUCGUCCUGCCCUCCGACCAGCCUGACUGCAGAGGAGCUGGAGAACGAACAGGAGAAGGUUCGGGAGCUUCAAGAGAGGAUCCAGAAGGCGGCAGCCUGCACCUGCCUGCUGCCUCUGGGCAGAGACCGGCUGUACCGCCGCUAUUGGCUCCUCCCAUCGGCCUCUGUGCUGUUUGUGGAGGACGACGGCUUCGGCCUGACAGAGGACAUGCUGCAGCCGCGGCCCAAACCUGCUCAGGACGCCGCGACCAAGAUGGAGGUGGUGGAGUUGAAGGAGGAGGCCACUGAAGGAAGUGUCGGCUCAAGCCCCGCCCCCCUCCACACCUGCGGCCCACCUGUCGACCGUCCCAACCAGUGGUCGUUCUACAGCUCAGUGGAGGAAGUGGAUCAGCUGAUCGAAGCUCUGAACCCGCGAGGUCACAGAGAAAGUGGCCUGAAGGAGGCGCUGCUGCAGGAGAGAGACAGACUGCAACAGCUGCUGCAGACCUGCGACACCAGCAAGUACAGGCACACAGAUGACCCGGAGUCGUCCCAAUCUGUCCCAGAAUGCACUGCUGCAGCCGAGUCUGUGAUGGAGCGGAGGCUGAGGGACCUGUUGCUGGACAUUGAGGACCGCAUCCACCAGGGAACUCUGGGAACUCUGAAGGUGAUGGACCGACAGGUGUGGCGCUCAGCGCUGGAAGCAGGAAACUACGAGCUGCUGAGUUCUGACGGUGCAGGGAUGAACGGACGAGAGGAGGCCAUGGAGGUGGACUCCGCCCACCUGAGAGCCAGAGACAGGCUGCAGGAGCUGAAGUCCAACUCGGCAACCGGCGGGACCAGCGGCAGCGGCACUCCUCAGGCCAUCAGCAGCUCCGUACGAAUCCUGGCUCAGGCCCUCACUCACAUCGAGCAAGGCAUCGAGAGACGCUUCCUCAAAGCUCCGCUGGGUGACGAUGACUCAAAGAAGGACCAGAAGGUGAAGAAGAACAAGAAGAAAGACGAGGACCAGGCCAGUGAUGAUGGCAGCGACAGCGGUCGGGUGGUGAAGACGGUGUUGGAGCGAUGGAGGGAUUCUCUGCAGUCGUGUUCCAGCCUCUCUCAGGUGUUUGUCCACCUGUCCAGUCUGGAGCGAAGCGUCCUCUGGUCUCGCUCCAUCCUCAACGCUCGCUGCCGCAUCUGCAGACGCAAAGGAGACGCCGACAAUAUGCUGCUGUGUGACAACUGUGACCGAGGACACCACACCCAUUGUCUGAGGCCCCGCCUUAAGUCGGUUCCAGAGGGAGACUGGUUCUGUCCAGACUGUCGACCCAAACAGAGAUCCAGCCGCGUCCCGUCCCGUCAGCGCUCCUCCAUCGACGAGGAGGAGGAGGAGGAGGAAGAGGAGGAGGACGAUGACCAGGAAGAGGAGGAGGAGGAGUCUGAGGAGGAAGAGGAGGAGUCUGAAGAGGAAGUGGAGUCAGAGGAGGAGGAGGAAGAAGUUGUUGUGAGCAGCGCCAAGAAGAGCCAGGCUCCGCCCCCUAAAGGCAAGAGCCAGCAGGCCACGCCCAAAAGUCAACAGGCCACGCCCAAGAACAGUAACGCCUCAUCUGGGAAAAACUCAUCAGCCUCCAAGUCCUCAGGGAAAAAGGCCACGCCCCCUACAUCAAAGACCAACACAGCGUCUGGUGGUAAAGCUCCGCCCCGCUCUGGGAGUCGGAACAGCGCCCGUCUGAGCCAAGAGAUCCUGGCACCGAACAGCCACACCAAAACCUCACCUGGUCAGAGCGAAUCCCGCAAGAGAUCUCCGACAGACGCUGCUCCGCCUCCGAAACCCGUCCGACCCGUCCUCCCACCGUCCUCCUCCUCGUCCUCGGCCUCCUCGUCCAGCCGGCGCUCCUCUGGGAGGAACCACGGCGUCCAUGAGCUGUCGGCCUGCGAACAGCUGACCGUGGAGCUGGUCAGACACGAAGACAGCUGGCCGUUCAUGAAGCUGGUGUCCAGGACGCAGGUUCCCGACUACUAUGACAUCAUCAAGAAGCCGAUCGCUCUGAGCACCAUCAGAGAGAAAGUCAACAACUGUGAAUACCAGACAGCAGGCGAGUUCAUCUCAGACGUGGAGCUCAUGUUCUCCAACUGCCUCCAGUACAACCCCCGGCACACCAACGAGGCCAAGGCCGGCCACCGUCUUCAGGAGUUCUUCCACUCCGAGCUCAGCAGGCUCGGCCUAUCAGAGCGCGGCUCCACCCCGCCCGCCAAGCGCUCCCGGCACUGAACCAAACGCACCGCCGUGACCUCACUGCCGUCCACGCCGCCGCACUCUGAUUGGUCCAGAGGGCAGGAGGAGGGGCCGGAGCAGCAUUUAAAACUAGUUGGAGCUGAUUUCGGUUAAAACUCACCUCAGACGUUCUGCGCUGUGGCUCCGCCCCCUCUCGCCUGCUCACCUGGCCGGAGCAGAGCUGCGGGCCGACGGAGGCGUGGAUGGACGGCGGACACGUAGCAGACACAUUCCUGUGGUGCUGUAGGACAGUAGAGACAGUAGAGUCCCAGCUGAGGUUCCCUUUAACCAGAGAAGCAAAAACCACUAAAGAACUUGAGCUUUGCACUGACAUCAGGCCGCUAACGCUCGCUCAGGGACCCGGUUUGAUUUGAAUCUUCUUUUGUAAUGGUGCAGCUGGUUUUUCCUGAAGCGGAGCAGCUGCUCAACGAACGGAAACCUGAGGAAAGUGAUUCCGUUUACACACAUUUGAGUUUAAAGAUUUCAUUUUGCUGUUUGAAAAAUAAAAACCUGCCACUGUGAGAGAGAAAAAAAACAGGAGACUCUCGGGAAUCUCAGGUUAAAGGUUCUGGUGCUUUCAGCUGCAUCUCAUGGCCUUCUUCAGGACAUUUACAACCGUGGUCACAUGACAACACGUGGACCAAAAUAGGGCUGCAACUAAAGGUUCACGUUUAAUUAAUCUGCUGAUCGUUUUCUGGAUUAAUCCAUUAACUGUUUGGUGUCACGAAUGUCAGAAAACGGUGGAAAGAUGUUGAGUUUACUGCCAGAAAGGAGGGAAACCAGAAACUAUUCAUACUAACAAGAAUAGGUCACGACGUUUGUUGAUCAGUUUAAAAGUGGACAAUCGAUUAUCCAGAGUUCUCACUCACCUGUGAUCACAUGACCACCUUACCUGCUCAGAGACUCUUUGUUUUGCGGUCGAAAGCUCAGGUUGCAUUUCAGUAAGUAGACCUUUGAUUUAGGACGUCGCAGCACCAACCUGCAGACUGGAUUUAUUUACAUUUAUGUUCUGAUUUGAGGUCGUUUUGUUUUGAAGGUUAUUAAAUUUUUAAGGUCCAGUUAAAAAGAUGUCUGUUUGGUUUUCAGUCCAGAGUCCAGUUUGUAAAGUGAGUUCAGUUUGAGUUGAACAUUUAGUUUUGGCACCAAAAAAAGAAAAAACAUCGACAAGGUUUUCGUUAAAAAUUCAGGUGAAGUUCAUCAACUCCAUUCAGACCUUGUUGUUUCAGCUUUUGUUACAUUUUCAAACACCAAAACUAAAAAAUGAAUUUUGAAAUUGUAAAUACUUUCCAGUGGAAACAAGUUUCAGUUGGAUUUAGUGAGUUAUUUCUGUUUUGGCUUCCACAGACUUCUGUAGUUUAAUCUCCAGGUUUCAUCAGUGUGUGGCUCCUCCCCCAAAUUAUCUGACCACGCCUCUAAACGCACAGGCCCCGCCCACUGUAGCCACGACUCCGCCUCCAUGUCGAAAAUUAAAAUAUAUAUUUUACCCAAAGAAAAGAGGACACUGGAGGACGUUUAAUCAGAUUGUUGAUCUUCAGGAGGCGAUCGGUUCCGUUGUGACAGAAACUUCUAGAUCUCAGGACACAAAAUCCAUCAAAGUGUGAGUUCACCUGGAAGAAACUGUUUGUUUCCUGGAGAAACACCUGAGCGUAAAGGAAUAGUUCAACAGUUUAUUAUGUGGAGUCAGGCUGUCGGUUAGCCUCCAGAAAUCCACUUAAAUAUUUUGAGAAAAACACAGUUCAGAACUCCAUUCACACUUUGUCUGUUUUUAGGCGUUCUUCAGCGUAUUUUAGUAGUAACUUGCUCACUGUUGAAGUCCCAACUCGGUCAAAUCUGAACUCACUAUUAAAUCUGUGUUUUCAGAUUUAACGUCAUUUAAAGUUCCUGAGAAUAGAAAUCUCUGGUGUGCUUUAGAACGAACCUCCAGGAUUCCACUUCAGAGAAAACUACAGUUCAGAACUCCAUUGAGAUUCUGUCUAUUUUUAUGUUUCCCUCAGUGUCACAGUGAUUUAGUUCUAGUUGUCGGUGCAUCUUUGAUACGCUGCAGACACGAGCUGCUUUAAAAACAACAUCUGAACAAAAAUUAAAAUAAAAACUGAGCCUUGUCUCAGAUUAAAAUCUGUAAAAUGACUCUUGGGUUUGGAUUAAAAUCAGAGGAGGUGACUCUAAACCUGCCUCCAGACGGUAAACGUUGAACUGUCCCUUUAAGAACCUGAGCUGUGAGGCCUCUGUGGAUUUGUAGUUUUGUAUUUUUUGACUACUGCGACUUUUCCUGCUUUAGUUUGUUUUGUUCUUCCUCUCUGAUGACGAUGGUGUUUGUGUGUCGGAUGCAGGUGAGCUGUAGACACUACACUCCCCCCUGCCUCCCCUGCCUCCCCCUCUGCUGUGUAUUUAUUUAGUUCAAGUCUCUGCGUUGUCUUUAUUUAUGACGCUAGCUGCCGCCUCUGACGCUGUUUGUUGUUCUAAUGUAAAAAUAAAUUGACUUUUUAUAAGCGA